AUGGCCCUUGUUCCAGGGAGCAGUGAGGACAGACUUUGGUCUACAGAUAGCCCAAGUUCCUCCAUGAAUCCAGAAAAUCUCAGGCUGACCAACCCUCUUAAUACAGAGAGAGGGGAGAUUGAAGGUCACCGGGAUGGUGUUCAGGUUGAAUCUCAAAAGCCCCGCCUGCCCUCCAUUGUGGUGGAAACCUGUGAGGUGAGUGAAGACAGUGGGGAACUCCUGUGGUCCCAAGAGGAGCUACUGCUACUCUCUGACGGUGAAGAGGAAGCCGAGGUCUUCUUCCAGGACCAAAAUGAAGAGCCAGGGUGGUCUUGGAGCCCACUGGAUCCCAGAUCUCCCCUAAGAACCUUUAAUCCAGGAUUCAAUUGGGGGCAGGAGCAGGAAGAACAAGAUAUCCACUGGAUUCCUGAGGCCAUGGAGUGUCAGGAAACCCCCAAACUCAGUCCUCUCUGGGACCUGGCAGCAGGCUCUGUCUGUAGAAGCUGCUCUAAGGAAUUUUCUCAUCUCAUGCCUCCCAGUGGCUUUGAGGGUAAGUAA